AUGGUGAAGACGUAUUUGCCGCCGGGUGACCGAGCCAUGUUGUCAUGGGACACUUCUUGCAGAUAUUCCAAAGAGAUUGAUCACGAAACAGCGCAUGUUACGUGCUACUAUGGGUAUUGCAGCUUGCAAUUCCAGAAUGGAAACCUCCGGAAGAUCCACGAACAAACCGAACACUUUGGUGGCAGUUUCAUGUGUACUUUUGCGAACAGCCUUAUGGGAAUGCACUCCAAUGGAGAGCAUGCGAAGCAUCACACGGUGCUGGCCGUGGACAGCCCCAGGUCUACUGGGUACCUAUGUUCGAAGGCAUCGGCCAUGAAUGGGAAAACGUGCAACACAUCUUAUACCAGUAAACAAGGUACCAACUACCAAAACCACCUGUGA